AUGUCAAAUACUGGCCAAACAAACAAAGGCAUUAACGCUUUAGCCUCCGCUCAAGAAUGUCCACCGCAUUAGCUGUUAUUACCUUAUCUCUGUUUAUUCUUGGAUUUUGGAUUCAUUUGUCACAAAAGCCCAGACGAGAUGCAGUGAAGAACAUAAAUGGACCAUAUAAUAUACCCCUGCUGGGGGCUUUGCAAGAAUCUUAUGGUCUAACUCCGGAAAAUAUCUUUGACAAGUCCUUUGAAAUGGGUUUAAAAUAUGGCCUAGUUUUAAAGGCGUGGAUUUUCAAUCGUUUGAUUAUUGCAAGUGGCGACGCCGAAUUAAACGAACAACUCUUAAGCAGUACCGUUCAGAUUCGUAAGCACACAUUGUACAGCAUCCUCCACGAAUGGCUGGGCAAUGGCUUGUUGACCAGUGAUGGCCACAAGUGGUACACACGACGUCGCGUAAUUACCCCAGCAUUUCAUUUUAAAAUUCUUGAAGAAUUUGUAGAAGUAUUCAAUCGCAAUUCAAAGACUUUGGUGAAUUGUUUAGCCACAAAGGCCGAUGGUAAGAGUGCUUUCGACGUGUAUCCGUUUGUGUGUGCCCACACACUGGACAUAAUUGCCGAAACCGCAAUGGGGACAAAGGUGAAUGCCCAGACGGGUGGGACCAAGCAAUAUACGAAUGCAGUUUUGGAAAUGACUAAAACGGUUGCAUGGCGUUUUCUGCGCAUUCAUCUGCACAGUGAUUUCCUCUUUUCCGUACUGCAUCCCUUCAAAAAGAGGCAAUCAGAGAAGAAUUUAAAAAUAAUGCAUGAUUUCACCCACAAAGUGAUCAAGGAGCGACGAGAUGCCUUGGAAGCAUCAUUGAAGAGUGCCAAUGGAGAUGUGGCCACUAAAAAACGAAUGGCUUUAUUGGAUGUCUUGUUGCAGUCAACAAUUGAUGGAGAACCGCUGACCGAUGAAGAUAUCCGUGAAGAAGUCGAUACCUUUAUGUUUGAGGGCCAUGAUACCACAGCCACUUCAAUGGCAUGCUCCCUUUACAUUUUAGCCCGUCACCCCAGAGUGCAGGAUAAACUCUUGGCCGAAAUCAAUCAAGUUUAUGGCGAAGAUUUCUCCAAGCCCAUAACUUUGCAGAGUCUAAACGAUCUGAAAUAUAUGGAGUGUGUGAUAAAGGAGUCGCUGCGUAAAUUUCCCCCAGUACCGUUAAUUGCUCGAAAUCUUACAGAAGAUUUUAAGUAUACACACUCGAUCCUUGGCGAUGGAGUUAUACCAGCUGGCUCGGAAUUCAUUGUCAUUGUCUUUGGCAUGGGAUAUGAUCCGCAGGCAUUCGAUAAUCCGCUUAAUUUUAUUCCUGAACGCCAUGAAAACCUGGAUUUAAAGAGCAGUUUCCAAUUUAUCCCAUUCAGUGCUGGCCCACGCAAUUGCAUUGGCCAAAAGUUUGCCAUGUACGAGAUGAAAGUCACUUUGAUCCACGUCAUCCGAUCGUUCGAAUUGUUGCCAUUGGGCGAAGCAUUCGUGCCCGAGCUGGGAAUUGUUCUACGUUCCGUCACUGGCAUGCAAUUGGGCUUGAGGAAGAGAACCAUUUAAAUUUUCAUGAAAGACAAAUUGUGAUAUUUUUAAUAAAAAAUUACAUACUCAUUGAGACAAACAUGAGCCUCGUUGCAGAACACAAUUUUGCGAUUUUUUUA